CUCGCCAUCAUGCUUUCCUGAAUCUAGCUGACCCUUUCUCACUUACAGUUCUUGUAACAUCCUUUCUGUAUCUGGCAGGCGCGGCACGUCAACUUCGCCGCGCGACUACGACGACCAUACCAAGCACUUAUAACAAAACAUAACCCCAGAUCGGCCCUUCAAGCCUGAUUGCGUUUGGCCAAGCCCCAUGCGCUCAUCUCUUUAAGCACCUUGGGAUCCUUUGCGUGCUCGUUUCGUUGCUGUCUUUCAACCUUCUUUGUUACGGUUGCACAGCACACUUAACCGUCAUGCCGACCUUCACAGGCCUCAGUGUACCGUCAUUACGGCUGGUACUGUCGUACAUCUUCGAUUGGAUCUGCAUAAUAGCCAUCGCCGCCGUUGGAGCAGGUUGGGAGUACUUGACGCCCUACAAACGACCAUUCUCCCCUGUCAAUCUCGACAUAUCUUACCCUUUCGAGGAACACGAAACCAUCCCAACAUGGCUCAUGGCUGUCAUCGGUCUCGUGAUUCCCGCGGCCAUCAUCUUCCUGGUGUGCAUCAUCUUCGUACCAGGACCGACAGCCAGCCGGGGCACACCGAAGUUGCUCAUCUGGAGAAGGAAGCUGUGGGAAUGGAACACAGGCUGGAUGGGAUUGGCGUUGUCUCUCGCGACUGCUUUCAUGGUCACCCAGGGCAUGAAGCUCCUGUUUGGAAAGCCGCGACCAGAUCUGCUGUCUCGCUGCCGACCAGACCUUGGUCGCCUCGCACAGGCAGCCGUCGGCAACUAUGUUGGCGGCGGAGCUGGCGACAAUGAACUGAAUCCUGCAUGGGUUAUGGUUACAGAUGCCAUCUGCCAGAACACGAACGAGGACAUCAUGAAAGACGGAUUCAAGUCUUUCCCCAGUGGACACGCCAGCUUCUCUUGGGCUGGCCUGCUCUACCUCACACUCUUCCUCGCUUCCAAGUUCUCUGUCGCAAUUCCGUUUCUCGCACCCCGCCCCUUCUCCACAAACCCAGCAUACACCUCCGCCAUUACGCCCUCGAAUCUCAAGUCGCGCGCCUCGACCGACCGAUCGAUCCUUCCCGUCCACAAACAGGAGUCGAGCCUCACUGCUCCUGGUUACUCCGAGAACGAUGCCGUAGUGCCCAUCCGCUAUCAGUCUGCCGCGCCGCCAGUGUACACGCUUGUCUUGAUCUUAACACCAGUUGGAACCGCAAUCUAUGUUGCGAGCACACGAUUCACAGACUUCAGGCACUUUGGCUUCGACCUGCUCUUCGGCAGUUUGAUUGGUAUCACAACGGCCUGGUUCUCGUUCCGCUGGUACCACCUACCCAUCACACGUGGAGCAGGUUGGGCAUGGGGUCCCAGAAGCUAUCAGCGCGCCUGGGGCAUCGGUGUUGGUGUUGGAAGCUACGUUGGGACUGAGGGAUGGAGUCGCCAGGGGAAGAGCGAGACGCAGAGGAAUGGUCCGAACACGAAUGGUGUACAUCACCAGGGGUAUGCAGCGGAGGCGACGAGCCAGGACGGGAUUAUCGAGAUGGAAAGGAGAGAUGGUUUGAGGGGCAGGAACGAUGGCACAGCGGCGGGUCAGCCGAUAUAUGUGUCGCAUGCCCAGGGUGCGCAUGUCGUUUAGCUUGGUUCCUCCUGCGGGGGAUUGUACAAACGAUUUUGAGUUUUAGCUGUUCUGUACUACUGCAAACUUGACGAGCAAGUUGGUUGACUAUCUUUUAGAAAGACCAUGUGAGUCUACGAUGGCAAUCAGUAAUAUGUUCAACAUUCAAUCUGCUCUUGUCAUGUGCACAAGACAGGCCGAAGUAGUGGGUAUCAUAAAUUGAUGCUUUUGUCCCAUCAGGAAAA